UAGAGGGAUCGCACUUCAAUGAAACGAGAGAGGAAGCUGGAAUGAAGGAGGAAGCUCGGAAACAAAUGGAACAACCAGGAUUAAAUUGAGCUGAUAAUCUAAAUCUCAAUCUAAAUGGACUCUAUCGACUAAAGCGACAGCAGGAACCUAAUUACCUCAGUGAAGAUGAGUGCCCUGCAGAAAGUGCUGCUGGUGCUUUUCCUGCUACUGCUGUGUCUCCAACCCUCCUGCGCUCAGACCCGAGAGGUGGUGGUAUGCACCGGCACCAACAACGAUUUGAGCGUGACGAGAAACUUGGACGAGCACUACAAGAUGAUGCAACAGAUUUACAACGGCUGUGAGAUAGUCAUGGGCAACCUUGAGAUUUCCCAGAUGGAGCACUCCAGAAACCUCUCCUUCCUGCAGUCUAUCAGGGAAGUGACCGGCUACAUCCUGAUUGGCCUCAACCAGUUUACCCGUCUACCACUUCCAAACCUGCGUGUCAUCAGAGGCACCACAUUGUACAAAGGGCACUAUGCCUUGGCGGUGGUGCUCAACUACCAGAGGGACGGGCAGUAUGGACUACGGGAACUGGGUCUCACACACCUUACAGAGAUUUUGGAGGGAGGAGUCAGCAUCUUCGAGAAUAAGUUCCUGAGCUACGCUCCCCAGGUGAACUGGCAGGACAUAGUGAGGGACCCAGCAGCCAAGGUUGUCAUCAGUGACAACGGGCCUCAGAUGCCUUGUGAUGAGGCGUGCAGAGACGUUCCAUGCUGGGGGCCAGGGAACGACACGUGCCAGAUCUUGACCAAGACAGUGUGCGCGCCUCAGUGUAAUGGUCGUUGUUUUGGCAGAAGUCCCAGUGAGUGUUGUCAUAUCGAGUGUGCAGGCGGCUGCAAUGGACCCCUGGAUACAGACUGCUUUGCUUGUAAGAACUUCAACAACUCAGGUUCUUGUGUGCCUCAGUGUCCCCAGACUCUGAUCUACAACAUGCACACGUUCAAACUGGAGCUCAACCCCAAUGCUAAAUAUCAGUACGGCUCCAUCUGUGUGGCCCAGUGUCCCACAAACUUUGUCGUUGAUGGCAGCUCGUGUGUGAGCAGCUGCCCUUCUGGUAAGAAGGAGGUGGAGGAGAGCGGAAUGAAAAAGUGUAAGCCCUGCGAAGGCCUCUGCCCAAAAGAUUGCAGCGGCACAGGAGGCAAAAAAGGACAAACUGUCGACGCCAACAACAUCGACAGCUUCAUCAACUGCACGACCAUCCAGGGCAGUCUUCACUUUCUGGUGACGGGGAUCAAAGGUGAUUCUUACAAGAAAGUCCCAGCCCUCGAUCCAGAAAAACUGAAAAUCUUCAGGACUGUGCGAGAGAUUACAGAUUUCCUCAGUAUCCAGUCAUGGCCUGAAAGCAUGUCUGACCUGUCAGUCUUCUCCAACCUCCAAACAAUUCAAGGCAGAAAACUCUACAGAGGACCGAGCUCUAAAAGGGGCUACUCUCUGUUGGUGAUGAGGAUCCCCUCUUUGACCUCUCUGGGUUUACGCUCACUGCGAAUAAUCAAUGAGGGCAGUGUGUACAUCUCAGAAAACAAGAAGCUCUGCUACCACGACACCAUCAACUGGACACGUAUUUUUAACAGCAGGUCCCGCCCACAGCGUCGCCAGAAGCACAUCGAAAUCAAGAACAACCGACCACAGGGUCAAUGUGCAGCAGAGGGCCACGUGUGUGACCCCAUGUGCUCGUCUGAUGGGUGCUGGGGGCCUGGGCCAAACCAGUGUCUGUCCUGUAAGAAUUUUAGCAGAGGAGGAACUUGUGUCCCGCAGUGUAUGUUCCUAACUGGUGAGAGGCGAGAGUUUGCUACCCCAGAAGGCGAGUGUAUGCCCUGCCACUCAGAGUGUGCGGUCCAAGAGGGAAAGUUAACCUGCAUUGGUCCAGGAGCAGAUGAGUGCGUGGCCUGUGCCAGUCUCCAGGACGGUCCACACUGUGUGUCCUCGUGUCCUGAGGGUGUAAUGGGAGGGGAGGGAAUUAUCUUUAAAUACCCCAGCAAACAACGCCGCUGUGAGCCUUGCCACAGCAACUGCACCAAAGGAUGCUUAGGCCCAGGAAGUGCAGACUGUCUGGAGACUUCCCGGUACAUGUCCAGCCAAAAAACCACAGCCAUUGCACUGGGAGUGAUUGCACUUCUGUUCAUGGGAUUCUCCAUUUUUGUGCUGAGUGUCCUGUAUCGCCGAGGUCUUGCCAUCCGCCGCAAAAGAGCUAUGAGGAGAUACAUGGAGAGUGGAGGAAGUUUUGAGCCCGAUCCUGGAGAGAAAGGGACCAAAGUUCACGCUCGGAUCCUGAAGCCCACAGAGCUACGAAAGAUCAAGCUGCUGGGUAACGGCGUGUUCGGAUCUGUCCAUAAGGGCUUCUGGAUUCCUGAAGGAGACACAGUGAAGCUUCCUGUGGCCAUAAAGACGAUUCAGAGUCGCUCUGGACGGCAAACCUUCCAUGAGAUUACAGAUCACAUGUUGGCGAUGGGGGGUUUGGACCAUGCUAAUGUUGUCAGGAUCUUAGGUAUUUGUCCGGGUGCUAGCCUGCAGCUUGUCAUCCAGCUCAGCCACCUGGGCUCCCUGCUGGAGCACACCAGGCGUUACAAAAACAAACUCAGCCCUCAGAGGCUGCUCAACUGGUGUGUGCAAAUUGCAAAGGGCAUGUAUUACCUGGAGGAGCACAGGAUGGUCCACAGGAACCUGGCUGCCAGAAAUGUGCUCCUGAACGCUAAUUACAUUGCCCAGAUCUCAGACUACGGCAUUGCAGACUUGCUUUACCCUGAUGAGAAGAAGUACGUCUACAAUGAGGCCAAGACACCAAUCAAAUGGAUGGCCUUGGAGAGCAUCUUGUUUCGCAGAUACACACAUCAGAGUGAUGUCUGGAGCUAUGGUGUGACAAUAUGGGAGAUGAUGUCUUAUGGAGCAGAGCCAUAUGCAAAUAUGCGUUCACAGGAAGUCCCUGAUCUGCUGGAAAAGGGCGAGCGUCUCUCCCAGCCUCAGAUUUGCACUAUAGACGUUUACAUGGUCAUGGUCAAGUGUUGGAUGAUUGAUGAGAAUAUCCGUCCAACAUUCAAGGAGCUGGCCAGUGAAUUUACCAGAAUGGCCAGAGACCCACCUCGCUAUCUUGUGAUCAAAGAGGACUGCAGCCAACAAGACUCUCCUCCAGAUGAAGCAGCUCAACGGAGUGUGGACCUGGAUGACCUGAAUAUUGAGCUGGACUAUCUGAAGGAAGAUGAGCUUGAUGAUGGCAUGACCGCAACCGCACUCUACAUGUCCCCAUCUCGGAGCCUCUCUCGUAUCUCCAGGAUGGACAGUCACAGAGUGGUUCUGACACCGUCAAGCAUGGCUGGAUACCUGCCUAUGACCCCAGGUGUUGACAACCCAGGACAGGUCAUGUGGCAAUCACGCUCUCGACUGAACUCGAACCGGACCGUGUCGGAGAGCUCAGAGGGCUGUGGCACAGCAGUGGAGCUGGAGAUGAGUGAGGACUUCUCACUGGCAGGGAGCCUGAAGAGGAAACGUCACCGUGAGGACAGUGCUUACAUGUCCCAGAGGGACAGCAUGUCUGGUGGGCCAUCAGAGACUCCCUCCCCAGAAAUAGAGGAAGAAGACCAAAAUGGAUAUGUGCUUCCUGGAGACAGCCCAGAGAGAGACACCCUCCUGUCCACCUCUCGAGCCACUCUGUCUCAUGACAAGAUGUGGAGGGCUCACUCAGCAGGACUCCUGGAUGACCCAGAAAAUGAAGAAUAUGAGUACAUGAACAAACAACUAUCCAUACCAUACCUCUCACCCAGACGCAGUCACAAGGAUAACUGCCUGAGGAAGGACAAGAAACAGACGCCCUCUCUGCCGGCGCAGGCGACAGGCAACAUCGCAUCAUCUACAGUGAGCACGGGCGACCACACCAGGAACGAGGACAAUGCCACAAAGCAUAACUCUGAUCCAAAACACCAGGGAUGUCAGGAAAUCGAAUAUGAAUACAUGGACAUCAGGGGCAUUGAAAAAGAAGAUGCUAGCCCUCCAGUACACGAACCCCCUCUUCCAGCAUCAACAAGGGUUGGAGGGGAGGUGGAGGAGGAGGACGUCGAUGAAUAUAUAGACAGUAACUAUCAGUACACAAACGAGCAGCCGAAGCUGCGGCAAGCUCUUCGAGACAGGAAGGAGCUGAAGAUACACGGCAGGGAUGAGGAGGAGGAGGCAUAUGAGUACGAGGAGAUGGACUCUCUUGCUGCACCGGGGGCCAGAGAUAUAGCGGUUUACCAGAAUAUGCGAGGGGAGGAGGAGGGUGCGGUGGGCGGCACAGAGACACAGCAAUCCGGGUUUGACCCUUGUGUAAAAGUGCGCACUAGUGUUGGGGUUGGGGAGCCUGCCAGUGGAGACAGAUCCUUUGACAAUCCAGAUUACUGGCAUAGCAGGAUGCUGCCGAAGCCCAAAGCAGUGCGCACAUGAAGAACACUUACAACCACACGUACACAUCACAACCACAGCUAUUUUUUUUCAAUGAAAUGUAUAUUAAUGAAGGACCUGGAGGAGAGAAUUCCCUCAAAGCCAUCCAGUUGUGACUUUUUCCGUAAUUGUAUUGUCUGUUACAGGUUGACAUUAUGCAGUUUAUUUUGACAAGUUGUUGGGUAUUUCCAGAAGUAAUGGCACUAAGUGAUGGAAACACAGAUGUGGCCAGAAUACAAGCUUUAUUUUUAUGUUUACUUUUUGAAAUGAACAAAGAAUUUUUUUUACAAUAAUUGUAUUUUUUUAAGUUUCCAUGUUUUGAGACCUCUUUCAAUGACAGCAAAUCAAUAUGUUUCCUACACAAUAAAACAUGUUUUCAAUAUUAUG